CGGUCCGAGUCGUGUUCUUUUUGGGGGCGCCUUUCGUCGCGCGGUUUUGAGGCUGGUUCGCUGGACGGUGUCCGCGGUGCGUUCCGUGCGUGGCGUCUGCGUCUACGGGCGCUCCUCGUCUGGGCAGCGCCGAUGCGGUGCCCUCGGUUGCGAGAGCAAUGCGGCGAAUACAGGCCCGUUUUGAGCGCAGUCUUCGACGGCAAGCCUUCGUGAAGGUCUAUGAGGUGCCGCACACGCAGCGGGUAGUACCCUAGCCAGAUAUUUGGGCUAAAAUUGUUGAUUGGCUUUGACUGAAAAACCCGUGAUUCUCAAAUUAUUCAAACACGCACUCAAAUUAAAGCGCAAAAGGGCCUAGCUCAGCUGCAAGGCCUUUUUGCAUUGUGCCGCAGCUCAUAUAAAUCACAUAUAACUUGGAGCUGCGCUGCGCGCCGAAACCGCGCGUUGAGGCCAUCGCUGCGCGCCAAAAAGCGACCAGCCGCCAGCCGCCGCUCUGCGCUGCAGAAGCACCCUAGCGCGCCACCGGCACGCCUCCACAGGAAGACAGCAUGGCCGCCGUCCUAGCCAGGGCGCCGCCGCGGCCGGCCCGCGGCGCGGCCAAGGGCACGUCCGUCGAGCUCGAGCAGGGCAUGCUCGACGAAUUGUUACUGGUGUGCACUUUCGUAGGGACGAGGAAAGUCAAUGAUGAUGAGUCCGACGUCGAGUCCUUCGUGCGGGGCGAGGACUGCGUCGCGUGGCUCCAGGACUUGCAACGGGCUCUCAGAAGAGACGACGGCGACGCGCGGGCCGUAAGGACCACUGUAGGCGCCUGGGACGUUUUGCGGUCCAAACUCUUACCUCUCGCCGAGCAGUCCGGUAACGAUCUGGUCGCCACGCGCACCCUGUGCAAAAUUUUUGUGCUGCUCACGAUGCCUCUGUCCGAGAAGUGCCAUCAAGCAUUGGCCGCGCGGCCGGACCCCGUCAAGGACAAGAUGAGGAAUGGUGAGGCGUUGAAGAAGCGACAGUUGUUGCGGGAGGCCGCGGAACGGCAGGCGCGCCAGCUGAUCGAGGCUCGCAUGGCCUUUGCCGAAAGACCGAAAGUAUUGAGAGGGUUGUUGCGCAUGUUCGAAGGGGCGCGCAAGCCGAGAGAACGUAGAUCGUCGAACGAUGAUGCCGAUGUGGAGCUAGCUCUCACACUCCUGCGAAAUCUCGUCGCACCGCUACCCCAUACGUCGGACCGGAACGAGCGCGACGCGGGUUCGUCAUUGGACGCGCUCGUCAAGGCUUUGUCUGAUGAGUUGGUGCUCGACACCGUCGCUGAUCUUUGUAGUGCCUCAUCGAAGCGAGAAAACCGGCACUGGGGCCUCGUACUUGUGGAGGUGUUAGCUCCUUUGUUAGCGCAGCACAAGCCGGCGGACAUCGCCCAAACCGAAGUCCUCAGUCAGAAGAAGUCGGAACGCGCUUCUACUAGAAAAGAUGUGGAUGACAGAUUAGAACGAGCCCUGCUGUCGAGGGACGAAGCUGCGGUAGAAAAGGACCUCCAGAAGCGGAAGGCCCUGGACGACGCGUCGAAGCGGCCGGUCGGCGGCGGGGCCCUGUCGCGGGCGCGGGACCGGGAGAAGGCGGCUCGCACAUUAGCUUUUGCUUCGAGGCACCAUAGGUUCGGGACGUGUCUUCGCGUGACGCCGGCCGGUUCGGAAGAUUCGAAGCUAGUGGCCGGUACUAGAGCAUUAUUGUCCAGAGAAACGGUGAAAGGUGACGGCGAUCUGACGUUACACUCCAAAACAGCGGCACAGCGACGGAGGCCGGUGUUCGUCGCGCCGCACAAGGUCGGGGCCGUGCGGAAGGCCGGCCGGCGGAAGAAGCGAGAUGAGGAGGAAGAUGAUGAACCUCAUAGGGAUGAGCUGUCCGAUGACGACCAUGAUGAGGACUGGGGCCAGGGCCGCCAGCAGGACGAGGUGCUGCGGGUCACGACGGUGACUCGAAGGGGUGUUGCUGCCGAUGAUGCGCGUGAGGCCGUAUCUACUCUAGUAUUGCGGCUGGCGAGACAUGGCGCUGGAAGGCUACUAGAUAGAGUGAAGCACGAACUCCGAACGGACUCGGCAGCGGUCCAGAAACGCGACGCGCAUUAUUUUUUCUGUUUGGCCGAGUGGUUAUUAGCUUGGAGGAGGGAAAGGGCCGCCGUACUUAGUCGUAGGUUGAGCCGUGCUGCGAGAGAAGGGUCGUCGAGCGAGGACUUCAGUGAAAGCGUCUUCUUCCCGCGAUCGCUACUCAAACUCGUAGAUGUCUUCACGGUGAAGUCUUGUCUGGACGAUUUGUCCAGAGCCAAAGACCGGAAGCAACGACUGGAGGUCGAGCGGUCCGCAUCGCUCUACCGAGAGAUUUUGAGGGCGCUAGAGGCUUUACAACACGGCGACCGCGACUCGAGGAAGGACCGUUCUAGAUUAGCAAAGAAAGAAGUGCCUCCCGACGAGACAUGUUCGGCAGUCGCCUCGGGCAUGCUCGACAAAGUAUUUUUCGCCCCAGAAGCGGCGGACCCCCUGCCUACGCUAUUGCGCGAUUGGAAAGGCGGACAGCACACGAAGCGCUACGCUUGUGACCUCGUGGAGAUCCUGCACGCUACGACGAAGAUCAUGGAUUCACACAAGCAUGGCAACUCCCAGGAGUAUUUGAGAAAGAUCCUCAAGCCCGUCCAAACGCUAGAUAUAUAUGGCGCUUUACUGGAGGCUUUUAGUUCGAACGCGCCGGCGAUCAACCACUUCGUCUACGCGUUUCUGCGGCGGGUCGCGCAGUGUCCUUUGGAGGGCAUGACCGACAAACCUUCGUCAGAAAAGAUUACUACAUUAGAACCGCUGCUGUACCGAGCCACGUUUUUCGUGGCCUUCGCGUCGCUUCUCGAGGACAAGACGCCGGACGCGACUAUUGACCGAUUAAGGGAUCUGGCUUCGUCAGUACUAAGGCACUUCGACGCCCACGCGCAGCGGACGCCUCUACUGUAUGUCGAGGCGCUGUUUGGACACGCGGGAGCGCCCGUCGACCAGUACUGCCGGUCUCUCUCGUAUGACGACGGGGUGGAGGCCUUCGGUGGUGUUGCUUCAUCCAGAAUCGACAGUGGACCGGUCUGGCAGGGGUCCGACGAGGAGGAAGCGGUCGACGACGACGUCUUCGCGCGCCUCGCGGAAGAAGAUGCCAGAGCCGCGGAGCGGUUGAAACAAGCUAAACUGAAUAAGCCGCCCGUUGACAGAAGAAGGUGGCAGCCCGCGGAAGACGCGGCGUUGUGCUUGGUCUAUGCGAAAGUGACGGAAAACGACGGCGACUUCGACCCCGUUCAGGCUUCCAAGCUGAGUGUUCUAUUGCCCCACCAUAGAGAUGCGAAGAAGCUGCGGGCGCGCGUCAAUAAAUUAGUAGAUGAUGCCGUCAAGGCGUUUCCUGUACCUAGCGAGAUGGACGAAGCCUCCGGAUGGGUCCGCGCGUUGCGCUUGUACGCGGAGCAGCUAGGGACCAAGAAAGUGUCAAAGAAGAAGAGGGCUGAUAGUGAUGAUGAGGACUCUGUUGAUGAUGAGCCCAUUGUGUAUGAUGAUAGGGAGAUGGAAGUUGAUACUUCACUCGGACGGACGCGCCUCGAGACGCAGACUGAGAGAAGGGCGUCCGAGCCCGCGGCUGCUCCUUGGGACGACGACGAGGAGGUCGACGACCGCUGGUCUGAUAGGAGAACGUUCAAGGGGCGCGCGGAGGCGCCUGCUCCGGAGCCGGCCCCGGGCCGGCUCAAGCGUAUGUCUGAGGCCGCUCAAGAGUCGGAGGAGGAGUUCGACUUCGAGGCGCCGGCGUCGCCGGCCGCCGUGGCGGCGCCCACCCCAAAAACGGCGCCGAAGCGGCGCCGCGUCGUUGUCGAGGACGAGGACGAGGAGGACUAGGCCCCUUCCCCACCUAAAGCUAUAUUAUUCACAUGCCGUGCGCGCGACCACGAACACGACGGGCUGCGCCCGCGGACGCCCUCCCCGGACCGGGUCGAGAACGAGCCCGAUGCACGGGUGCCGCCGCAGGAAGCGAUACAACGCGCGCAUCUCCUGGUCCGGGCGCACGCACUUCAUGUCGUCUCCGCACCUGCCCCGCUGGAACUCGACGAGCUCGUGGCUGUGCGGAAAUCCAAUGUCACGCGACGCCUGCUCGAUGGCGAAUAUUCCACACAGCUGCAUACAAGUGGAGGCGCGUGCCGACGACGAAGCGCUCGUGGAGCCGUUCGAGCACGUCGAGGGCGCCCUCGUAGAGGUCGUUGUCGAUGUUCAGGAACGUGACGUC